AUGGUACUACUUGAAGACUCUGGAUCUAUUGUCUUUAGAAGAUGUUUCAUCCCCUUAGGUCCAUUUGCUAUUGCUGCGGUCUCACUCCUCACUGCCUCUUUUAUCACUGGUUCUCUUGGAGGAACAGAGAAGGAGCUGAGGCUAGUGGAUGGCAAAAACAAGUGUUCUGGGAGAGUGGAAGUGAAAGUCCAAGAGGAAUGGGGAACAGUGUGUAACAAUGGCUGGGACAUGGAUGAAGUCUCUGUGAUUUGUAGGCAACUGGGAUGUCCAACUGCUAUCAAAGCCACUGGAUGGACUAACUCUAGUGCAGGUUCAGGACGCAUUUGGAUGGAACAUGUUUCUUGUCGUGGGAAUGAAUCGGCUCUCUGGAACUGCAAACAUGAUGGGUGGGGAAAGCACAACUGUACUCACCAACAGGAUGCUGGAGUUACCUGUUCAGAUGGAUCCGAUGUGGAGAUGAGGCUGGUGAAUGGAGGAAACCGAUGUUUAGGAAGAAUAGAAGUCAAAUUCCAAGAAAAGUGGGGAACAGUGUGUGAUGAUAACUUCAACAUAGAUCAUGCUUCUGUGGUUUGUAAACAACUUGAAUGUGGAAGUGCUGUCAGUUUCUCUGGUUCAGCUAGUUUUGGAGAAGGCUCUGGACCAAUCUGGUUUGAUGAUCUCAUGUGCUAUGGAAAUGAGUCAGCUCUCUGGAAUUGCAAACACCAAGGAUGGGGAAAACAUAAUUGUGAUCAUGCUGAGGAUGUUGGGGUGAUUUGCUUAGAGGGAGCUGAUCUGAGCCUGAGACUGGCAGAUGGAACCAGUAAAUGUUCAGGAAGACUGGAAGUGAAAUUCCAAGGAGAAUGGGGGACGGUGUGUGAUGAUGGUUGGGACAGUAGUGAUGCUACUGUGGCUUGCAAACAACUGGGCUGUCCACACACCAUGGUCGGGGUCGGCCGAGUUAAUGCCAGUGAGGGAUCUGGACCUAUUUGGCUUGAUAAUGUUUCCUGCCAAGGGCAUGAAUCUGCUGUCUGGCUGUGUAGACACCAUGAGUGGGGAAAGCAUUAUUGCAAUCAUAAAGAAGAUGCUGGUGUGAUAUGUUCUGAUGGAUCAGAUCUGGAGCUGAAACUUGUAGGUGGGGGCAGCCACUGUGCUGGGACGGUGGAGGUGAAAUUUCAGAAUUUGGUAGGAAAGGUGUGUGACAGAGGCUGGGGACUGAAAGAAGCCAAUGUGGUUUGCAAGCAGCUGGGAUGUGGAACUGCACUCAAAACAUCCUACCAACAUUUUUCCAAAGUCAAGGCCACAAACACAUGGUUGUUCAUAAACAGUUGUGAUGGAAAUGAAACUUCUCUGUGGGACUGCAAGAAUUGGCAGUGGGGUGGACUUUCCUGUGAUCAUUAUGAAGAAGCCAAAAUUACCUGCUCAGCCCACAGGGAACCCAGAUUUGUUGGAGGAAACAUUCCCUGCUCUGGUCGUGUUGAAGUGAAACAUGGAGACACAUGGGGCUCUGUCUGUGAUUCCGACUUCUCUCUUGAAGCUGCCAAUGUGCUGUGCAGAGAGUUACAGUGUGGCACAGCUGUCUCUAUCUUGGGAGGAGCUCACUUUGGAGAAGGAAAUGGACAGAUCUGGGCUGAAGAAUUCCAGUGUGAGGGCCAAGAGACCCAUCUCUCACUCUGCCCAGUAGCACCUCGCCCAGAUGGAAUUUGUAGCCACAGCAAGGAUGUUGGAGUCAUCUGCUCAAGUGAGACCCAGAAAACAUUUUUAAUUUGUUCUCACACUGUGAAAGGGCUGGGGUACUUAGUCACAGCUUCUUUUCUAACACGUUCUCUUCUAGGAUACACAGAAAUGCGCUUGGUGAAUGGCAAGACCCCAUGUGAAGGAAGAGUGGAGCUCAAGAUGCUUGGGACUUGGGGAGCCCUCUGCAACUCUCACUGGGACAUAGAAGAUGCCCAUGUCAUUUGCCAGCAGCUUAAAUGUGGAAUUGCCCUUUCUACCCCAGGAGACGCACAAUUUGGGAAAGGAAGUGGUCAGAUCUGGCGCCACAUGUUUCAUUGCACUGGGAUUGAAAAGCACAUGGGAGAUUGUCCAGUAACUGCUCUAGGGGCAUCACUGUGUUCUGCAGGGCAAGUGGCUUCGGUAAUCUGCUCAGGAAACCAGAGCCAGACAUUACAACUGUGCAAUUCAUCUUCCUUGGAUCCAAUAAGCUCUCUCAUUCCAGAUGAAAGUGCUCCUGUCUGCAUAGGGAGUGGCCAACUUCGCCUGGUUAAUGGAGGAGGUCGCUGUGCUGGAAGAGUGGAAGUCUACCACGAGGGAUCCUGGGGCACUGUCUGUGAUGAUAGCUGGGACAUGAAAGAUGGAAAUGUGGUGUGCAGACAGCUGGGCUGUGGAGUGGCCAUUAAUGCCACUGGUUCGGCUCAUUUUGGAGAAGGAACAGGAUCCAUCUGGCUGGAUGAACUGGACUGCAAUGGAAAAGAAUCUCAUCUUUGGCAGUGCCAUUCACAUGGCUGGGGGCGGCACAAUUGUAGGCAUAAGGAAGAUGCAGGGGUUAUAUGCUCAGAGUUCAUGUCUCUGAGACUGACCAGUGAGAGCAGCAGAGAUCACUGUGUAGGACGUCUGGAAGUUUUUUACAAUGGAGCCUGGGGCAGUGUUGGCAGGCAUGACAUGUCUCCAACCACAGUGGGAGUGGUAUGCCAGCAACUGGGCUGUGCAGACAAAGGGAGCAUCAGACCUGUAUCUUCAGACAAGACAUUGUCCAGGCCCAUGUGGGUAGACAAUGUUCAGUGUCCAGAAGGACCUGACACACUAUGGCAAUGCCCAUCAUCUCCAUGGAAGCAGAGACUAGCUAGUCCCUCGGAGGAGACCUGGAUUACAUGUGCCAACAAGAUAAGACUUCAAGAAGGAAUGAAUAAUUGCUCUGGACGGGUAGAAGUCUGGUAUGGAGGCUCCUGGGGGACAGUGUGUGAUGACUCCUGGGACUUGGAAGAUGCUGAAGUGGUGUGCCAACAGCUGGGCUGUGGUUCAGCUUCAAAGGCACUAAAAGAAGCAACUUUUGGUCAGGGAACUGGGCCCAUAUGGCUCAGUGAAGUAAAGUGCAAAGGGAAUGAAUCCUACUUGUGGCAUUGUCCUGCCAGACCCUGGGGGCACAGUGACUGUGGACACAAAGAAGACGCUGGUGUGGAGUGCUUAGGAAUUACAGUGAACAAAGCAUCACCAGAUUCCACAGAGAGCAGACAAAUCCGCCUGGUGAAUGGGGACAGUCACUGUGCCGGGAGAGUGGAGAUCUUUUACCAGGGACAAUGGGGUACCAUCUGUGAUGACAGCUGGGACAUGCAGGAUGCCCACGUGGUGUGCAGACAGCUGGGCUGUGGAUGGGCUCUCAAUUUCUUGAGAGAAGCUCACUAUGGUGAAGGAUCCGGCCCUAUCUGGCUGGAUGAUGUGGAAUGCACAGGAAAGGAGACCCACGUGUGGACGUGCCCAUCUCCAGGCUGGGGGCAGAACAACUGUGCUCACUAUGAAGAUGUGGGAGUCAUCUGCUCAGAGUCCCUGGGCCUCAGGCUGGUGAGUGAUGACCACGACUGUGCUGGGUGGCUGGAGAUCUUCUACAACGGGACAUGGGGUAGUGUCUGCAGGAGCCCAAUGGAGUCCAUCACGAUGUCUGUCAUCUGCAGACAGUUGGGUUGUGGGGACACUGGAGAACUCAACCCUUCUGCUGGUAUCAGGACAGUGUCUCAGCCCCUGUGGGUGGAUGGAAUCCAGUGUCAGAAAAGUGACUCCAUCCUGUGGCAGUGUCUUUCUGAUCCUUGGAACAAUAGAUCAUGCUCUCUGAAAGAAGCAGCUUACAUUGUUUGCAAAGUGGAUCUAACAGGAAAACUAUCUGAUGACUCAGUGACUAAGCUGCCAUAUUACACAGGGGACGAUGAGGAGUAUGGAGAUCCUGAAUCAGCUCCAGAGCCUCCAGGAAAGCCUGUCAAUUCCAGUGGAAAUGGUUAUGAUGACAUUGAAGAGUUACCUGAUCCUGAAAUUCCUCCGACCCCUGAUAUGAGUGAGAAGCAUAUUUUCCAAGAGGAGGGUGAUGGUGCUUGGUAUUCCCAGACAGGUGACUCUCUGCAGUCUCCUAGAGAAACUAACAACCCUAGAAUGGAAGGGGAAACUUUCUCAUUGGUCCAGGAGAAAGGAGAAGACCUGGGAUAUGAUGAUGUUGAGCUUAGCACCAUGUAG